CAACACAAGUCAGUGUUGAUCCGAACAGCGAAGGGUUUACGCGCCAACUGAGCUGACAGAUCUCGCGAUAGAAUUCGAUUCGAAUUUCGAACGCGACACUUGAAGACUUGUUUCUUUUAAAAUAUUGCUCUGCAAUAAUUUUUUAUUCUGUUUUUAACUAUCGAUUGCAUUUCUGUACGAAAAUAUUUUUACGUUUUAUUUUUUAAUUGUUUUUUUUGUUGUGUUGUGGUUUUUUUUGUGCUUUUUAAAAUGUUUUGGACCGGGCUGGCUGCGUAGUAAGAAGGAAUAUAUUUUUCGGCAGUAUCAGAGCAACGUGCGCCCGAGCCAGCUGAGAUGCAGGCCCGCCAAAGCCUCUUAUGGCAUUUACUUAUCGACCUACCCAUAUUAUUGCUCGUGGCAGCAGUGUGCAUCCUAUUAGAAGUAGGAGCGUUACCAAGCAGACGAAGCGGGUUCCGAUGCAAUGAUCCGGACCUCUCUUUCCCACACACAGGAGACACUAUAUCUAUCUCUCUCAUCGCAGUUAUCACUGUCAUCGUCCCGUAUCUAAUUUUGUGGGGUAUUGAAACGAUCCUGCACAGAGACGAUGAGUAUACUAUCAAGAAAAACAAACUACUGGCAAGUGCUCGUACCGCGGCUUUCAUAUACCGGGACUAUAUUUACGGAGCAGUGGUCAAUUUAAUGGUACUCGAGGUGGUCAAAUGUGUGGUAGGCUCGCCACGACCCACAUUCUUCGAUUUAUGCGAGCCGGAUAAAGCUAGAACGUGUAAUGGGUCAGAGUAUGUUAGCAGUUACACCUGCACGUCUGCGAGAUACUCCCGGUACCUACAAAUUGACUCCAUCAGAAGCUUCCCUUCUGGACAUACGUCCUUGUCCGUAUACUGUGGAUUAUUCUUAGCGUGGUAUCUCCAAAGACGAGCAUUCAGCUGGCACAAUCGAACAGUCCUGUUGGUACCACUCGUCCAGAUCCUCUGUAUCAUAUAUGCGGUGGUGUGUCCACUCACAAGAAUCACUGAUCACCGACAUCACUGGUGGGACGUGCUAGCUGGUGCAAUUGUGGGAAUGUUCAGUGUCGUAUACACGGUCCUAGUUCUUUGCAAGAACUUCUCCCAGCCAGCUGUUGUCAGCACGAGUGAUAUAUCCAGCAGUGAUGGUAACAACCACCAGUCAGUACGAAGAUUGCUCUCCAGUCAGCCAAGGGUUGUGGUCCCUUAGCCGCAGGCUGUGUAAGGUCUGGACAGGCCUUCAAAACAUGGACAAUAUGUAGAAAAAUAUUGGAUACUGUUAGUGAUGUUGAGUCAGUUGAAGAUCUGGUGGUUAGUUAAUGUGAUUGUGAUGACGCGAAGGUCAAGUUGAUUACGGGAUAAGAUACAUUUGAAUUGUGAUUGGUUUGAUAAAAAUUAUGUAUUUUUGAGGUUAGACGUUUUCAAAUAUUUUUAUGAUCUAAUAAUCUUUAGAGAUACUAUUCUAUACUAAACGUAGAAAAAUUAGAUUGCUCAAAGUCGUUGAAUCAUUCUUACGUAGGUAUUUAAAUUUUUAAUAAUAGUAAUAAUUUGUAUUAUCUAUAAAUAUUAGCCAGAAUAAAUAAGUACCUACGUGUGCUUUUAGUAAAAAAAAAAAUACAAUAAAUUUUCACUUAUUUCGUAAAUAAUGGCCGACUUUCAUAAAUAAUUAUAAAGAUUAUUUAUAUUAAAUAGGCGUUUUAAUCAUAUCGCCAUUAUAUGUGUAAAUAAUUAGAAAUUAAUGCAUUACUUUGUCUUGUCUUAGUAGAACUGAUUUAAAAGAACUAAAAAAACAUAAGACAUAAUUAAUACAUAUUUCGUAUAAAAAGUUAUACUUAAUAUGUGUUUACAUUUUAUAUUCAUAACAAAUGACAUUUAAAACUGACAAUUAAAUUAAUUAUUUUUCAUUUAAGUAUAUGUUUCUGUGGGUCCACUACGAUGUAAUAAAAAUACUCAUUUAAACAUUUGCCGUAUAAUCAGUAAUCCUGUUUUAAAAAUCUUUUUCUUUUUUAAUCAAUGAAUGUCAUGUACAAAAUAAACUUUAUAAUUUUAUAAAAUAAAAAUUAUGAAAGAAAUUAAGAAGCUGAAUAAUAAAAAAAAAAAACGUUACUUAUAAAAUUAAUAUAAAUAGUUGUAAGCAACAAACGACAAGCGGUAACGUUUGGCGCCAAAUAUUUUUUUUUUAAUACUAUCUGUGGUUAAGUUUUGAUCACAGUCGGAAUAAUAAUUCCCAGUGACAAAUUUCGUACGAGAUGAUGCAAUGUUAAUGAACAUUAAUAUACAUUUUAUGUUCUAUUUAUGAUUUAAAUUAGGGGCUUACAAAUUUAUAAGAGAAAUUAGUAGUUGACAUUUAUCGAUUGUUGUAAAUUUAUAACUUUUUAAUAUAAAAUAAUUUGAUUAAUAUGAUGAAUAUAAUUACUAAGUUAUUUAUUACCAAACGAAAGUAUUUAAUGUGUAGUACCUGCUCUAGUCGUAAGAUAUUAAAAUAUUUUUUAUUUUGCUAUAAACAUUAAUAGUAACUUAAUUCCAUAACCCACCUUCAUAGAUUUUUAAUUAAGGGGCAAAAAGUUGGUUCUAAUACAGCUUGCUUACCUAAUAUUAUAUAAUGUCACAUAUUUUAAGAAAAGACAAGGAUUGUUCGAUAUAUAUAAAUACACUGUAACUUGACAAAUAAAUUAUGGAUUUAAAAGUAACAUGUUAACCGAGAUUACUACACUGAUAUUGUGUUUUUAUUUUUUUAUAUUGUUUUUUUUUUGACAUGGGUAACAUUUAAACAGUAUAAGGAUAGCAAAUAAAAAUGUAUAGCAUCUCCUUGUAGUACACUCAAUAAAUUAUGCCAUUUUUGACACGGAAUUAAUCUGUGCCAAUAAUACUGUAAAUAUAACGCAAACAAUGAAUUUCACUGCUAUAUUCUGUCUAUCAACUAUCAGUGUAAUAUUGAUUUUAUAAAGGUUUAAAAUAUAAAAACUUUUUGGUUCGAAUAAUAUCAAAUGCGCGCAUACCUUAAUAAUAUUAGAGUAAUAUUACCUACUUAUGUCUUUUGUAAAUUAUUCUUCGGAACAUUCCUUUGCAUUUAGUGUGUAUUUUAUAUUGUAAAUAUUAUAAAGUAGUGCGUGUCUGUAUGUGUGUAUAUUGAUUUCAAUAAAUGUCUAGAUCAAAUUA